CUUCCUACCAUCAACCAAGCCAUGGAAAGUUCAAAAUGUGUUUCCUUUAUUCUUCUGCUUCUUCUUCUUCCAUCUUCAUAUCCAAUAAGUUUUCAGAUACCCAACUUUACCCCUAGUCCCAAUUACAUUCUCUACCAAGGAGAUGCAGAGUCUUCCUCUGGAAUGGUGGAGUUAACCAGCAAGGUUGAACCCUUUCGUGUUGGUUGGGUCACAUAUGCAAAUGAAGUCUUGAUGUGGGACUCCAACUCGGGAAAGCUUUCAGACUUUACUUGUCAUUUCUCCUUCAGCAUUAAUGUGUCGGGUCCAAAUAUGACCAAUGAUGGAAUUGAGUUCUUCCUUGCUCCUGUUGGAUUUCAAAUCCCACCCAACUCUGGUGGUGGCUACCUUGGCCUAUUCAACACCACAACAAGAGAUUCCUCUUCAAAUAGGAUCAUCUCAGUGGAAUUUGACACUUACCGGAACCCUGAAUGGGAUCCUAUGGAGGUCCAAACUCAUGUGGUACUAGUGAUUGUUCUUCUCAUUGGAACACUUUUAGCAUAUGUGAUUAUAAGGCAAAGAAAGAAGGUAACUAAAAGGGCAGAGGUAACAAAUUUAACAUCUAUCAAUGAUGAUUUUGAGAUGGGCACCGGACCGCGAAGGUUUUCAUACCAAUAUCUUGCCUCUGCUACUAACGAUUUCUCUCAAGAUAGGAAAUUGGGUGAAGGAGGUUUUGGUGUAGUUUAUAGAGGCUAUCUAGCCGAUGUAGACAUGUUGAUUGCUGUAAAGAAAAUUUCUAAAGGAUCAAAACAAGGAAGAAAGGAGUAUGUAAUAGAGGUGAAGACCAUUAGUCAGUUAAGGCAUCGAAAUUUGGUGCAGCUUAUUGGUUGGUGUCAUGAAAGGAGCGAGUUCUUGCUUGUUUAUGAGUUCAUGUCAAAUGGUAGUCUUGAUUCUCAUCUCUUUGGCAAAAAAAGUCCUUUUCCUUGGCAUAUAAGGUAUAGAAUAACACUUGGAUUGGCCUCGGCAAUUCUGUAUCUUCACGAAGAGUGGGAGCAGUGUGUGGUGCAUAGGGAUAUUAAGUCCAGUAAUGUAAUGUUGGAUUCCAGUUUUAAUGUUAAGCUUGGUGACUUUGGGUUGGCUAAGUUGAUGAACCAUGAGUUAGGUCGAAUUACGACAGGGUUGGCAGGUACUUUUGGCUACUUGGCUCCAGAGUACAUAAGUACAAGGAAGGCAAGUAAAGAGUCAGAUGUGUUUAGUUUUGGGGUGGUGAUAUUAGAGAUUGCUACUGGAAGAAAAUCUACAGAUCGAAUGGGGGAAGAGUCUGAUUUGGGGUUGGUGGAGUGGGUUUGGGAUCUUUACGGGAAAGGAAGACUUCAUUCCGGUGUUGAUGAGAGAGUGAGGAAGGAUUUUGAUGAGAAACAAGCAGAAUGUUUGAUGAUUGUUGGAAUGUGGUGCUCUCACCCUGAUAGCAGCUUAAGGCCAUCAAUUCGGCUAGCAAUUCAGGUUUUAAAGUUUGAGACAACAAUGCCAAAUCUUCCUGCAAAAAUGCCUGUACCUAUGUAUCGUGUACCUACACCAUUAGCUAACUUUAGAGAACCUUCUAUUUCUUAUUCUAGCAUAGAGGCAGGUCGUUAAGACAUGAUUUAGUCAACUUUUCAUCAAAUAAAAUAUCUGGUUAUCU